UUUUCCGAUGAAGUGGAUCCACCAUUUUCAGUAGCAGCACCAAUUCACGUCCAGUCGACAGUGGCGUUGAUGGAGGCCAGGCAUGAUCCUCUUUCUGCAAUUAUACCUUCGCACAGUUGGUCUACGUUCUGGGUUCUGAUCAGCAAGGCUGCCUCUGUUGAACUGAUGUGACUUGUUUACUGAAGUCCACAUGAGACCUAACAGGGCGCAAGGCGGGCGCGGUGAAUCUCGUCAUUGGUUUUCAGCCCGCUCAAGUCUGCACCCCCCACAGACAGCAGCUCACGUUCCAAUGCUGGCAAUGUCAGCAGUCUGAUGUUAAAAAGGAUUCAUGGGAUUGUCUGGUGUUGUGAGGAGCUGUGAACUUCACAUUCAGCAUUGUUAGGCAGCAGAUGCGCUAUUUAUCAAGGAUGGAGUCUAUUUCGCAGUUUGUGUUGUACGGGACAGGAGCACUCUUUGCUGCUGCUGCACUGAAAACAGUCUAUGUCAAGGCGGUGAGAUCAGACAUACUGGUUGAUGUGUCAAUAUCUCCAGUAUUGAAGCAGAUGCGCUGGCCAGUUCAUGCGUCUCACAGAGGUGGUAGCCGGGCCUGGCCCGAGAACACAAUGCUCGCUUUCCGCAACGCAGUGGGUAUGACAGGCGGAGUUGGAGAGGUGCCACGCACACAAGUCAUUGAGUUUGAUGUUCAAAAGUCAAGGGACAACAUUCUGGUUAUUAUGCAUGACUACAACGUUGCCACCACGACAAACGGGACUGGACUUAUUUCUCAGCUCACAUUGGAUGAAAUCAAAAAGCUGGAUGCAGGAUACCGUUUCACCACUGAUGAAGGACUCACAUAUCCUUAUCGCGGAAAAGGGAUCACGGUUCCUACGCUCGAGGAAGUCCUCAGUACUUUCGUGCCAAUCAAAGAACUACUCUUCUACAUCGACUUCAAGAGCCCGGGUGCUGUAGCAGACACACUCGAGGUUGUCAAGCGUUUUGGGAUUGAGGAGCGAAUCAUCAUGGGAGCGAUUCCUACGGAUGCGAACUUGGAGGUCAGAAGAUUAAAGCCGUCCUGCGUUCCGGUAACCCCAGACAAGAACAGCAUGAUACUCAUGUAUGCGAUGUACUGCCUCGGUUUGCUGUGGGUGGUUCCUAUGCGGUUCGAGAUCGUGGGGACCACAGCGCACCGCUGGGGCUUCAAAGUGUUGACGCCCGGGCUGGUCAAGGCGUUCCACGACCGCGGAAGAUUACUGGCUGUUUUCGGGCCGCAUAUCGACACCCCUGAAGGCCAAUUGGACUGCAUACGGAUGGGCGUCGACAUGCUCUUCACCGACAGACCCGACGUUUUGAGUGUCACCCUGGAGGGCCUAGCGAAGGAGAAGGAAAGCACAAAUAAAGCGCUGAGUUGACCUUCCCCGUAUUUAACAUAAAGACAGUAAACUUAUCUUAUCUAGUGGCGACUCAAGUGCGAGGUGUAGACAACGGUCGAAGAGCGUUGUUGUAUAGCAGGUUGGCUCGACACAAUAUGCUGAUUCUCCUAUCAAGCAUCUAGUCGAAAUUGAAGAGUUUCUUGAGACGAACAUAUAAGGAUGCACCUGCGUUCAGGUGUCACUGGAGCACUAAAACGCACGCUCGUGGAGUACAUUGAGGGCCGACUCGUUGUUUGCAGUAGUGAUCGUCAUAUGAUAGAUGUGCAUACUGCAUUCCUGCUUAAUUGGGCCUUUUUGAGUUGGCUGGCAACACGAAGGCCUUUCAUAGCUAGACGCAAGGGGUUCAUGCGGACCUAGGUUUCGUAGAUUGUGAACCUUCAACUGGAACCUUUCUUGGAUCCCACCAAAUAUUUAUUCAUGGCAUCGUGUC